CAGGAAGGAAAAAAAGAAUAUUCACACGACUCCAAUCGGAUUUAUCCACGAGGCGCUUGAUUACCGCUGGAUCGGGACUCCCUCUCAAAUUUGACGCGCUGCCUGAGAUACACCACCACCAUGUCGACGACAUUCGCGGCCAAAAAGGCGAAAAUUCUGCAACAACUCGCAGUGCCUGAUGCCUCAUCCACGGAUAUCCAGCCUAGAGAUUGCGUAGACGUGGGCAUUCGCGAGUUGGUAGAUGAAAUCAAUAAACUAGACACACUUGCAACGACAAGCAGCUGCGCCGGGCGCUUCGCUGUGUAUCUGGAAGGCAAAGACCCAAACUUAUCGCAAUCAUCCUUGGAUGAAGGUGACGGUCAGUGGUUGUUUAUCUCGCACGAUCCUCUGCCGUUAUCUGGAAAUGGAUCUGUAGCUCCAAUGCUGGGACUGUCCGAUCAUACCGAGUUGAGCGUCCCUUCAUCUGCCAAGGGCGUGAGGUGGGUAAGGUGCAAAUUCGAACCCAUGUUCUUACAUGUGCUGAGCUCUUCGCUCGAAAGCGCACAAAAGAUACACACAGCAGCACUUCAGUCUGGGUUUAGAGAAAGUGGUAUUUCGAGUAUCUCGACUGACAAUCUUCGAACAUCAACCGCUAUGGUAGCAAUACGCACCAACGACCUAGUCUUCGACAACAUAAUUGGCUAUGAGGGACCUGACGGUAGACUGAUUCCGAUGGUCACGGAAGCAUAUAUGCGCAUCCUUAUCGAGCUCGGCAAUCAAAAAUUCCAGGCCAACAAGGCGAGGACACAACAAUUUCAGAAUGCCUUGCUCACGAGUUUCGGACCACCACAGGCGCAAUAUUCUGGCCCAUGUGCGUGGGAGCCCAUUGAGCAGCGUAGGGUGAGGAUGAGAGAGGACGAUAUUCGCCGCAAAGCAGAUGCGCAGAGGACUACAGAAGACUCUGCUCGCAGCUCGCAAUAAUGAUGGAGUGUAGUUAUGGGGCAAGGGCUCAGAUCGCUGUUGUUUAGCUUCCAAAGGAGAUAUGUGAAGAGCUGGUUUUCUUACUAUUGGGCAUCAUCAGACAAGACGUGUCUUACACAACACAUUUUUUAUACUGCAUUGAAGCGGGUGGAAUAGCCACAGUCAAAGGGUCACCUUGUCAUGACUUCGGCCUACUAAGCACACUCAAUCUGUACAUAAUACCGUGUGGCUU